AUGAGGAUAACAGACUUAUCUAUAUCUUCCAUGGGAAUUGGGAAGUUAUUCAAAGAGGAUAAUAAUGCACCAAUCAACUCAAUGGACUUCUAUAAAGACGGUUCACUACUGGUGACUGCAUCAGACGACGAAUCCAUUCAUUUGUAUAAUAUAAACUCUGGAGACACCCAAAAAGUCAUAUAUAGUAAGAAGUACGGUGUAGACCUCAUAAGAUUCACUCAUCAUAACAAUGCAAUACUAUGUGCAUCGAAGAACUCAUGGGAUGAAUCACUCAGAUACCUCUCUUUACAUGAUAACAAGUAUCUUCGAUACUUUAAAGGACAUAGAAACAAAGUUGUAUCAUUGGCAAUGUCACCAAAGGAAGAUACAUUCAUAUCGGGAUCAUUGGACGAAACUGUCCGCCUGUGGGACCUGAGGACAAGCACUUGUCAGGGCAUCAUGCGACGCAACGCCCGUCCAAUAGUGUCGUACGACCCAGAGGGAUUGAUCCUCGCCACAGCCAUAUCUGUAAACACCAUCAAGCUGUUUGACGCCCGCAACUAUGAUCGCGGCCCCUUUACAACAUUCACAAUCAAGCAUACCAAUCCAGUCGAGUGGACAUCAAUGAAGUUUAGCAACGAUGGCAAAUUCAUACUGCUGACCACAACAGAGGCCACCAUCUUCCUCAUCGACGCCUUCAAUGGCCAGGUCAUCCAGACAUACACAUCGUUUGUCAACGAUGGCAACUCGGUGCUGGAGGCCUCAUUCACGCCCGACACUCAGUAUGUGCUAGGUGGCAGCGAAGACGGCACCGUCCACGUCUGGAGGACGCUCACAGGCGAGGAGGUGGCCGUCUGGGGUGGACACAACUCUAAAGUCGGUUGUGUCCAGUGGAAUCCCAAGAUGAUGAUGGCCGCCUCGGGCUGCUCUACGCUCUCCUUCUGGAUACCUACAAUUCCAGACUCU